GCAUAUUUCGAAGAAAACGUUGAAGAACGUCAGUCUACAAUAUAGUGUCUCUGUGAUUGUGACGUCGACAUAGUGUGACUUUUCAGAGUUGUUUGUUGGUUUAUUAUUGGCUAUUAAUAGAAUAACAAGUUUUUAGUGCAUAAUCGGUAAAGAUGCAGAUUUUUGUGAAGACUUUAACUGGAAAAACUAUCACAUUAGAAGUGGAGCCAUCUGACACAAUCGAGAAUGUGAAGGCUAAAAUCCAAGACAAAGAGGGCAUUCCCCCAGACCAGCAGAGACUCAUCUUUGCAGGCAAACAAUUGGAAGAUGGACGUACCUUGUCAGAUUACAACAUUCAGAAGGAAUCUACACUCCACUUGGUCCUUCGUCUCAGAGGAGGCAUGCAAAUUUUUGUAAAGACGCUGACAGGCAAGACCAUCACUUUGGAAGUAGAGCCAUCUGACACAAUUGAAAAUGUGAAGGCUAAAAUUCAAGACAAAGAAGGCAUUCCUCCAGAUCAGCAGAGACUCAUCUUUGCAGGCAAACAAUUGGAAGAUGGACGCACCUUGUCAGAUUACAACAUUCAGAAGGAGUCUACACUCCACUUGGUCCUUCGUCUCAGAGGAGGCAUGCAAAUUUUUGUAAAGACCCUUACAGGCAAGACCAUCACAUUGGAAGUGGAGCCGUCUGACACAAUCGAAAAUGUGAAAGCUAAAAUCCAAGACAAAGAGGGUAUUCCCCCAGACCAGCAAAGACUCAUCUUUGCAGGCAAACAGUUGGAAGAUGGACGCACCUUGUCAGAUUACAACAUUCAGAAGGAGUCUACACUCCACUUGGUCCUUCGUCUCAGAGGAGGCAUGCAAAUUUUCGUAAAGACGCUGACAGGCAAGACCAUAACAUUGGAAGUAGAGCCAUCUGACACAAUCGAAAACGUGAAGGCUAAAAUCCAGGACAAAGAGGGAAUACCUCCAGACCAGCAGAGACUCAUCUUUGCAGGCAAACAAUUGGAAGAUGGACGCACCUUGUCAGAUUACAACAUCCAGAAGGAGUCUACACUCCACUUGGUCCUUCGUCUAAGAGGAGGCAUGCAAAUUUUCGUAAAGACGCUGACAGGCAAGACCAUCACAUUGGAAGUAGAGCCAUCUGACACAAUCGAGAAUGUAAAGGCUAAAAUCCAGGACAAAGAGGGCAUUCCCCCAGACCAGCAGAGACUCAUCUUUGCAGGCAAACAAUUGGAAGAUGGACGCACCUUGUCAGAUUACAACAUUCAGAAGGAGUCUACACUCCACUUGGUCCUUCGUCUCAGAGGAGGCAUGCAAAUUUUCGUAAAGACGCUGACAGGCAAGACCAUCACAUUGGAAGUAGAGCCAUCUGACACAAUCGAAAACGUGAAGGCUAAAAUCCAGGACAAAGAGGGCAUUCCCCCAGACCAGCAAAGACUCAUCUUUGCAGGCAAACAGUUGGAAGAUGGACGCACCUUGUCAGAUUACAACAUUCAGAAGGAGUCUACACUCCACUUGGUCCUUCGUCUCAGAGGAGGCAUGCAAAUUUUCGUAAAGACGCUGACAGGCAAGACCAUCACAUUGGAAGUAGAGCCAUCUGACACAAUCGAAAACGUGAAGGCUAAAAUCCAGGACAAAGAGGGCAUUCCCCCAGACCAGCAAAGACUCAUCUUUGCAGGCAAACAGUUGGAAGAUGGACGCACCUUGUCAGAUUACAACAUUCAGAAGGAGUCUACACUCCACUUGGUCCUUCGUUUGAGAGGAGGCAUGCAAAUUUUCGUAAAGACGCUGACAGGCAAGACCAUAACAUUGGAAGUAGAGCCAUCUGACACAAUCGAAAACGUGAAGGCUAAAAUCCAGGACAAAGAGGGAAUACCUCCAGACCAGCAGAGACUCAUCUUUGCAGGCAAACAGUUGGAAGAUGGACGCACCUUGUCAGAUUACAACAUCCAGAAGGAGUCUACACUCCACUUGGUCCUUCGUCUAAGAGGAGGCAUGCAAAUUUUCGUAAAGACGCUGACAGGCAAGACCAUCACAUUGGAAGUAGAGCCAUCUGACACAAUCGAGAAUGUAAAGGCUAAAAUCCAGGACAAAGAGGGCAUUCCCCCAGACCAGCAGAGACUCAUCUUUGCAGGCAAACAAUUGGAAGAUGGACGCACCUUGUCAGAUUACAACAUUCAGAAGGAGUCUACACUUCACUUGGUCCUUCGUUUGAGAGGAGGCAUGCAAAUUUUCGUAAAGACGCUGACAGGCAAGACCAUAACAUUGGAAGUAGAGCCAUCUGACACAAUCGAGAAUGUAAAGGCUAAAAUCCAGGACAAAGAGGGCAUUCCCCCAGACCAGCAGAGACUCAUCUUUGCAGGCAAACAAUUGGAAGAUGGACGCACCUUGUCAGAUUACAACAUUCAGAAGGAGUCUACACUUCACUUGGUCCUUCGUUUGAGAGGAGGCAUGCAAAUUUUUGUAAAGACCUUGACAGGCAAGACCAUCACAUUGGAAGUAGAGCCAUCUGAUACAAUUGAGAAUGUGAAGGCUAAAAUCCAGGACAAAGAAGGCAUUCCCCCAGACCAGCAGAGACUCAUUUUUGCAGGCAAACAAUUGGAAGAUGGACGCACUUUGUCAGAUUACAACAUUCAGAAGGAGUCUACACUCCACUUGGUCCUUCGUCUCAGAGGAGGCAUGCAAAUUUUCGUAAAGACGCUGACAGGCAAGACCAUCACAUUGGAAGUAGAGCCAUCUGACACAAUCGAAAACGUGAAGGCUAAAAUCCAGGACAAAGAGGGCAUUCCCCCAGACCAGCAAAGACUCAUCUUUGCAGGCAAACAGUUGGAAGAUGGACGCACCUUGUCAGAUUACAACAUACAGAAAGAAUCAACUUUACAUCUUGUUCUCAGAUUGAGAGGUGGCUUAUAGGCUUAUUACUAAACGCAAUGUAUGCCAUUUGGAUUCCUUGUGAUUUUGUG